GAGAGAGGGGGGGAGAGAGAGAGAGAGGGAGAGAGAGGGAGACUGCAAUAUCAUUUGAGAAUCCCUCUCACAGUGCUGCAGAUAGGGGCUGCCAACACAUGCGGCGCGUCUGCAGGUGAGGGAACAGGCUCGAAUGUGCUGGACACACUGAGGAAUUCAACCAGCGCUUCCUGAAACUAUAACGAAGGAUUUACAUUUUUCAUUUUUCUCCAUUGCUUUUUUCUUCUUUUUUUUUGAAGCACAGACUUGAUUUUUUUUUUUUUUUUAGAAUACGGUGGAGUUGUCUCGCAAAAAAAAAAAAAGGAAAGAACUAUUCUGUCUGCUUGCUGACUUGGAAGGAAGAGAGCAAGAGUAGGCAAAUCCGGACAGGUAAUAUACCUCAUUUUAAGAUCCUCACGAACGGAGAGUUGACAGACUCCGCGCUCACCGUGUGAUGAGUUUGGAAAACUGCGCGGGCAUUUAAAUAAUCAUCUGUGGACAUAUCACCGGAAAGAGGAAUAUCGCAGCCUCGCCAAAAAAAAAAAGAGAGGAAAUUCUACCCGCAAACUGUGAGUAAAAAACCACGGGAUAUGGACUGAAUUCACUUCCCGGGUGUGAUUUGAUGAUGCUCGGACUGUAACAUUUUUGGCUUUUACGCGCAUGAAAUUCAAAUAUUUGUGGCACCGCCCGGAGUGCAGGGAGACUCUCUGGUGUGCUUCAUGAUAUCACCGCGGCUCUUUUUUGCAUUGCUAAAGCAAGGAAAAAGCAAGUAACAUCCAGUGUCGGUGUUAAGAGAAGCAAGAGAAGAGACGUAAAGCCCCCUUCACUUGCUGCUUCACACUGCAGCAGGAGCGAUGUAGGAAGUCGUCCGGAGGAUGAAGUCUCACGCAUCCCGCUCCAGAGGGCUUAGCUCUGAAUGAAAACGAUAUUUCUUCAUCAGAUUCGGACUCUGCUGUAGUGAUUAAUUUUUGUUUUUUUUUAUACAUUUUUCUUUUUUUAUUGUAAGUGGACAUUUUUACAGGGAGAACAAUGAGGACUACUGGUGCAGUGGACUAUUUGUACUAUUGCAUGCUCAUCUUGCAGUUUGUGCAUCAGCCCGCUGCAAAGCAGGUGCUCCGGUACCGUUUGGCUGAGGAGGGACCCGCCGAUGUCAGAGUGGGGAACGUAGCCGGCGACUUGGGCAUCCUUUCCGGUUCCGGCGACGUGACAUUCACGCUUGAAUCAGGCUCUGAUUUUUUCAAAAUAGACAACAUCACAGGUGAGCUCACCACCAAUGAGAGGCGCAUAGACCGCGAAAAACUACAGCAGUGCCAAAUGAUAUUCGAUGAAAACGAGUGUUUCAUAGAUUUCGAAGUGUCUGUCAUUGGACCGGCUCAGAGCUGGGUUGACCUCUUUGAGGGAAAAGUCAUCAUAUUAGACAUAAAUGACAACACUCCGUCUUUUCCCUCCCCGGUCCUGACACUGUCUGUGGAGGAAAACAGACCCAUUGGAACCCUUUAUCUGCUUCCCACAGCCACAGACAGAGAUUUUGGAAGAAAUGGAAUAGAGAGAUAUGAGCUUAUCCAGGACAAUGGGGAAAACUCAAGGCGCCUGGGCUCUUCUGGGGAUUCGUUCUCCGGGAAGAGGAGGUUUGAGGAAGGCGCGAGCAGGAGCAGUGUCUUUGAGCUGCAAGUUGCUGACACGACUGAUGGAGAGAAGCAGCCUCAACUCAUCAUUAAAGGGGCCCUCGAUAGGGAACAGAGAGACUCGUAUGAGCUUACGCUGCGCGUGAGGGAUGGAGGUGAUCCCCCUCGCUCUUCCCAGGCCAUUCUUAGGGUAAUGAUCACUGAUGUGAACGACAACAGCCCUCGGUUUGAGAAAAGCGUGUAUGAGGCUGACCUACCGGAAAACAGCUCCCCCGGUGCCCCCAUACUUCAGCUGAAAGCGGCUGAUGCAGACGUGGGGGUUAAUGGUCAAAUAGAGUAUGUGUUCGGGGCAGCCACAGAGUCAGUAAGGCGGCUCCUGAGGUUGGAUGAGAGCACAGGGUGGCUGAGUGUCUUGCACCGCAUUGACCGUGAAGAAGUGAGCCAACUGAGGUUCACAGUAAUGGCCCGUGACCGAGGCCAGCCACCGAAAAUGGACAAGGCCACUGUGGUGUUGAACAUCAAGGACGAGAAUGACAACGUUCCUGCUAUAGAGAUCAGGAAAAUUGGACGCAUAUUCCUGAAAGACGGGAUCGCAAACGUGGCCGAGGAUGUGGUGGUGGACACGCCCAUUGCCUUGGUUCAGGUGUCGGACAGGGACCAGGGGGAGAACGGUAUCGUCACCUGCACCGUGGUGGGGGACGUUCCCUUUCAGCUCAAACCGGCCAGCGAAAUGGAGGGGGAGCAGAACAAAAAGAAGUAUUUCCUCCACACGUCUGCGCCGCUGGAUUAUGAGGCCACACAGGAGUACAACGUGGUCAUCGUGGCUGUGGACUCCGGGAGCCCGAGUCUGGCAAGUAACAACUCUCUCAUCGUCAAGGUGGGCGACACUAAUGACAACCCUCCCAUCUUCAGCCAGAAUGUGGUGGAAGUGUCGUUUCUAGAAAACAAUCCCCCUGGCGAGAGAGUGACGACAGUGGCAGCCAUAGAUGCAGAUAGUGGGAAGAACGCUGAAAUAGCCUAUUCUCUGGACUCGUCGGUAAACGGGCUUUUCUCUAUCGACGCGGACAGCGGUGACAUCCGGGUAAACACCAUUCUGGAUAGGGAGCAGACUGAGCGCUACGAAUUCAAAGUGAUAGCCAAAGAUAAGGGCAUAAACACCCUUCAGGGCUCCGCAACAGUGGUCGUCCUUGUGGCCGAUAAGAAUGACAACGCGCCGAAGUUCAUGCAGGACGUGUUCACCUUCUAUGUCAAAGAAAACCUUGAGCCAAACAGCCCAGUUGGCAUGGUUACAGUCAUCGACGCAGAUAAAGGCCAAAAUGCUGAGAUGAGUCUUUUCAUCGAGGAGGAGGAGGACUUUUCAAUCGAGAACGACACUGGGACUAUUUUUUCCACGCUGUCUUUCGACCGAGAGAUGAGAACUACGUACACCUUCUGUGUCAAGGCCGUGGACGGCGGUGACCCUCAGAAAUCCGCCACCGCCACAGUGUCACUCUUUGUCAUGGACGAAAACGACAACGCACCAACUGUCACUUUCCCACCAAACAACUCUUACACCCUCCUUCCUCCCUCGAGUAACAUCAGAACUGUAGUCAGGACUGUCCUGGCCACUGAUACCGACACCGGCCCCAAUGCAGACUUGAGCUACAGCAUCAUUGGGGGAAACCCUUUUAGGCUGUUUGAGAUAGAUGGGGGCACUGGGGUCAUCUCAGUGGUGGGGAAGCUGGAGCAAAAGCACUAUGGCCUCCACAGACUAGUAAUCCAGGUGAAUGACAGUGGCCAGCCUUCCCAGAGCACCACCGCAUUAGUUCAUGUGUACGUCAACGAGACUCUUUCCAAUUCCACAGUGGUGGAGGCCCAGGUGGCUCGGAGCCUGAGCACUUCCCUGAACACAAACAUUGCUGGCGACCCCAACUACGACCUCAGCAAGCAGCGGUUGAGCAUCGUCAUCGGCGUAGUCUCCGGCAUCAUGACAGUGAUCCUCAUCAUUCUUGUUGUCGUCAUGGCCCGUUACUGCCGCCCCAAGAAUAAGAAUGGCUACGAGGCCGGGAAGAAGGACCACGAGGACUUCUUCACGCCCCAGCAGCACGACAAGUCCAAAAAGCCCAAGAAAGACAAGAAGAAACAGAAGUCUAAACAGCCCCUCUACAGCAGUAUUGUCACCGUGGAGGCCUCCAAACCAAACGGGCAGCGGUACGACAGCGUCAACGAGAAGCUGUCGGACAGUCCCGGCAUGGGUCGAUACCGCUCGGUCAACGGAGGGCCGGGGAGCCCGGACCUGGCCCGGCACUACAAGUCCAGUUCACCACUUCCUACUGUGCAGCUUCACCCGCAGUCGCCGACAGCUGGCAAAAAGCACCAGGCCGUUCAGGACCUGCCCCCUGCCAAUACCUUUGUUGGCACCGGAGAUAACAUUUCCCUUGGAUCUGACCACUGCUCUGAAUACAGCAGUCAAACGAUCAACAAGUACAACAAACAGCCGUUUCGCCGAGUGACCUUCUCGGUGGUGAGCCAGCCCCAGGACCCUCACCAGCAGGGAUCGCUGCAGAGCUGCUACGACAGCGGCCUGGACGAGUCGGAGACGCCCAGCAGCAAGAGCUCAUCAGGGCCCCGCCUGGGCGCCCUUCCCCUGCCGGAGGACAGCUACGAGAGGACAACGCCGGAUGGCAGUGUCGGUGAGGCAGAGCACAUGGAAAAUGACUCUCGGCCCUUGCCUGACGUAGCCAUGACUGGCAAGUGCACCCGGGAAUGCGACGAGUACGGCCACUCGGACUCCUGCUGGAUGCCUGUGCGCACGUCGCCUGAGCGACGGCCAUCUAAGUCAACCACCACCCCACAACAACCAAAGCUUUCCACUUUCAUGAGCGGCAACAGCAGCGGCAGCAGCAGCAGCAGCAGCGCUGACCAGCCUGGCAGCCAAGAGACCCUCGCCAUGGCCGCAAUGGCCAACGGAGACCCCACAGCGGCUCACAUGAUGGGCGACCGCAAUCGCAACUUGCUCAAUAAGAAGAUGGCCUCCUCCUCCUCCUCCUACGAGGCCUUCGGAUCGCCUUCCUACGGUUCACCAGGAAGUGGGGAGGAGACACUGGGCCACCCCACCGAGGAGAUCCCUCUAGCACCAACCGGAGAGUACAAGCCCACGUCCUGUGGUACUCUGACGCGACGGGAGGUGUACCUGUGAGCUUGUAUCCCCUGUGCCAGAACAUUUGCAUUGGAACACACCAAGCAUACAUGCUUAUCCAUAAAAUUACUACUCUAAAAAACUUUUAGCCACUCUUGUUCCUCACAAGGUAGGACUAAACUUUCUCCAAGACAUUUGCGACUGGUCCUUAAUGAAAGGACGGGAUAUUAAAACGUACCAUUUUGGAAGUGCUAAUUCUGAUCUCGACCUGGAACAAUUUGGAGGAGGAGGACAAGCUGUUGAUGACAUUGAUUGGACUUGGGAUGUUCUACUGGCAAUGGGCUCUUAGGACACAAUCUGCUGCCUGACAGUCAAUCUGUAAAAUAAUCAACCCAUUUUACAUACACAGUACAUGCAUGCAUUACCCAUAUGACCCCCCCCCCCCCCCCAAUGAAGGCCCCAUGUCUGAAGAAGACAUUGUACAAAAAGAGACAACUUUUUUUCUAGAAACAAAGCUGUACAUGUGGACUAUUUUGACUUCAAAGUGUGUGUUGGUUAUGCCUUUUUUUUUAUUCCUGAACAUCGCAGUGCUCUUGCAGUGAUGUUCAUUUGCUGCAACAAUAUUUGGGACACAUUGGUCUCCAUCACACUGAGCUGUCUGUGGAUUCUGUCAACUUGACUGUUUGUGAAAAGUUUACCAAAACUUAUUGAAAUCUCAAAAGGACAGUAAAGACUAAGCUUUAAGUACUCAGCUAAUACAAAAAAAAACACUUUUUAAAAGGGAGCCAAUGGAAAUUUGCUGCAACAACUUCUUUCUUCAGACCCGCAACACAACUGGUGUACUAUGAACACAAGAUGACUGAUUUUGUCUGACCGGUGUGUGGUUCGUCACAGAUAAAAUGUCACUCAUUGUACAUUAACAUUGAACCACAGCAACAAAGCUAACUGCUCUCAUUCCCUUUUGUCUUGCAACCUUUCCUCAGUCUCUCGUUCUUUGUCUUUGAUUGGCAAGGUUGAGACCAAAACCCAUCUUUUAUGAACUGCAUAAUCAUAGAGCCGCUGGCUGGAAAAAGCAUGUGUGUACAUGGUUGUGCAUAUCUCAAUCACAUUGGUAGAAUGCUCCAGUUUAUAUCAAGUUGUACCCUGUUUUUUUCCCAAUCACACACUCACACAGAAGCAGUAAAGCAAAUUCAUUCAACUGAGGCUGUUCUGACGGAAAAUCCUUGGUAAGCACAGUGUGUGGCAUGCCGAGAUUACAUUUCUUGAGGUGCAACUGAAAUUGUAUGUGUGUAUGGGCCAGAUAUGCAGUAUAUAGUGUGUGUAUAGGCUAUAUUUAGUGUAUACUGUAGAUGUACACCGAUAAUAGGCUAAGGUUGGUGUAAACAUGGCCUAGCUUGUCCUAAAACAGCUGCAAGGACAGCUUUUUACUGUUCUUUAUUUCUGUUGUGUGAUAGACUGAGCAAUAAAUAUCAUAAUGUACAUGUGACCAACAAGCAUCUACUUCUUUUUCACUUCUUCUCAAGCCUUCAAGGUGACAUUACCGCACACACAUGGAUGUUGAAAACUCAAGUCGAUGUUGCUUUCCAUUGUACAUUGGUGAUGGUGUCUUUGAGCACGAAUGUAAGAAUCAGCUCAUCGGAGAACAAUCAAAAAAAAGGCAACAUCUGUACUGUCGAGCAGAUUACCGGGAACAUUUUUUUUUUAGGUUGCAGGCUGAGCAAAAUGGCGUCAAAAUGAAACCAAAGCUUCGCAAACAGGAUGAAGCAUUCCCCCUUACACAUCAUUCACAGAUAAUAGCUUUCUGGGAGACCGUUGCUUUAACAUUACAUGAAGUUUUUAUUUUAUUUUAUUGAAGGAUUGAGACUGAACAAUAAGAUUGUGACGUCUCAACAUUAGCCUACCAUGCAUUACAUCCUCACAGCUAACGCUAACAAACGAUGUUGAGAUGCUGUGCCUCCCUGUCCCACAAGUGAUGUUUCUUUCCGCAGCUGCAGAGGGCACAAAUCUCAUAACUGUAAUAAAACAAAAGAAUAUCAGAUGCAAUGGAACUUUUUUGUAUGUUAGCAAAAACCCCUUUGGUUCGACCGGAGCUGCUUUUUUCUGCACUCUGGCAAUCUAUAGUCUGUAAGUACUACUCGUUGUUGGAAAGAAAGUGCUCCUAUACUUAUCAACUGUAUACAUAAAUAUUUACUUUUUACUGCACGUUUAAUGGGAACUUACUUCACUUACUGAGAAGGAAGAAAAAAACUGUAAAACAAAAUGUACAAAAAAAUGUUUUCCCUGUAAACAUGGAAAUCCACCUUGUUGCUUGCCUUUGUUAUACCUGAAGAGACAUGUAGUACAACUUAGUACAUCCGUUUACACCAUUCCAUUGAUUCUUUUUUUUAAAAGAUAUUUUUCUUACAUAAUCAAAUAUCAUCAUUGUCUCUGAUAUCACAACACAAACCCAACUUUAUAUCACCACCAUAUUUUUUAUUAUCUUGUACUUUUUAUUUUACUUUAUGAGGUACAUGUUGAUUUCUUACACUAUAAAAUCAAAACCGUUGAAAUUAUCAUGACAAUGUACUAUGUGUUUUUUUUUUCUUUAUCUGGUGCCACUUUGUAUAUUUAGAGUGCUUCUGACAAAAAACGAAACUUAAAAAAAAAAACCCAUAAAAAAUACUAGAGUGAAUGCAAAUAUGCAAUUGUGCCUUUUUAUACCAAUUGGUAUGAUUCAAUGUCGGUUUUGGAAUGGUGCAUAAACAAUUACAUUGCUUUUCAAAAGUAGAUGGGGUGGCAUUUAAGAAUGGACUGAAAUACAUUUGCAUAGCUUAAGAGGAAAUCCCAUGAUGUCAAAGGCUUCUCGGAGGAAAAACAGUCAAAUGUCAGUGAGCCUGAAAGUCUUAUGGCUAUUGUUCACUGGGAUCAAUUAUCUUGUUGAAAUAUCCAUUCAUAGCAUAGUGCAUUACUGAAUGAGUACAGGUACAUUCAAAAGUUGCUUGUUGGUAGUAAUAAUAAUGAUAUAAUGGACUUUUUUGUCGUGUUUCACUCAUGUACAUGUAUGACAUCAGAGGUCAAGUGACCUUUGUGCAUGAAACAGGCCCUAGGACUGAAUAUAGAAGCAUAGAAAGACAGAGAGCGGGGUGAAAGAGUAAAAAAAAAAUAUGCUUGGAGACAUUUGACUGCUGAGACUUGUGGGAGCCUGGAGAUAAAAAUGCUAAUGUGACGGUUUACUCAGAGUUGGAAAGUGGGAGAGGGGAUGGGGGGGGGGGGGGGGGGGGGGGCGGGUGGGAAAAAAAGCUGUAAGGGAGAGUAGCUGACAGAACACAUACCUCAGGAUGUGUGGAGCAACACAACACUCGUACGCAGAAAAUUCACAAUAUGCAUAUCAGAGUAUGUGAUGAAACCCUGUCCUACAAAUAACGAUGUUUGCUAUGGUAUUGCAAGGUGAUGCUUUGAAUUUCCAGAUCUGAUGGGAGUGAAAGAAAUACUCUAUAGUGUGCACAUCAGACAAAAAGAGGAGGCAUGAGAAAAUAUGCCAUCAAUUGGCAACUACACUGAAUAUAGUGUACCCACUCGUUUUUUUAUCCACUGAGGCAACUGCUUUAACAAACAAACAUUUGACCGAAAAAAAGUGGCAUACAAAACACCUGUAAUCAAAAAUGUUUCUUUGCCCGAGGUGUGUGCUCAGUCCGUGCUCUCCGCUCUUCAUAUAGCCUUCACAGUGUAAUGAGAUUUGUAAUAUUAACCAUUACUAUUUGUCCUGCGACUUGGAUGUUGAUAUAGAAAUUGAGGAACCAAUUUAUCAUCGUUUAAUAUGAGUCACUAUGCACGCAGCUUAGCUGAACAUGGCAAAGUGUAUUGAACGCAAGUCCACUUCUAUUUAUGAGAUAUUUUACAUAAUUUAAUUUGCUUUUGUACAGGUUUGUGUAAAUAAAUUGCUUGUCAUUUUUGUCUCUGCAGAAAUUAAAAUAUAACAUGGUAAAACAAAUUCUGUCUUUACGGUCUCUUUGCUUUCAUUAUUUUUUAAUGUGUCGUUUUUUUUUCCCGUUUUUUAUUGGAGAAUAAAUGUUGAAAGAGCCUUUUAUUCGUCGCUACAAGAAUUACAACAAUGCCUCUAUUAAACCAGUCAUGUUUAACAGGUAUAAUUAUUUGUUUUAAAGUCUCUAGCAGUAAAUCAUACUCGUAAAUUUGAAAAUGGAGUAUGUAAGUAAGUCAUUCCAGCUAUUUAAUGGAGCGUUAAUCACAGUGUGCCUACCAAACCAUGUUAUAAUGUUAUUUCUCGGUUUUAUAUUUUACAGUUUCAGAUAAAAUGUAAUGUCAAGUAAUAAAGGCCUACUUAU